CCCUACAGCUGCGUCCAUCAACCAAACAAAGCACCUUUUAAGUCCGUCACGUAUACACACUCACUCACACUCUCACACUCUCUCUCUCUCACACACACACACACACACACACACAGAGUCCAGUGCAGCCGGGAGCGAGCAGAGCAGAAGGGGUUAAGGAGGUGUCGCCGCCGCCGCCGCCGCCGGUGUGAGCUCCAGCGCGCACUCAAACCUCUCCAAGCCCACUGACGCUCCACACGCGGUACCGCCUGGGUGGUGGAUUCAACACAAGAAAGCGCUCAGAGAAGGAGAGUGGGGGGGGGGGGGGGGGGGGAAACCCUUCCAACCUGGAAUUGUGGCAACAUGAGUUUUGUUUGAGCGCUCAUCCCGAGAGUUGUGCCUCCGAUCCUAAAUGUCACGAAGUAAGCGCGCUUGCAACACUUCAUCCUGAACCGGAGAAAGGAUAUCAGCUUUUCUGUUUCUUUUUUAACACACACACAGACACGCACACACACACACACACACGCACACGCUAGGAGACGGAGGUGAACUGAGCAGGAUAAGGCAAAGUGGAAGCGGCGGGGGGUUUCGGAUGAGCGGGCGGCUCGCUUCCCCCCCGCGGCUCGCUGAUGAAGUUGUCCGGGCGGCGUGGCGCUCUCCGCUCACCGUGUAGAGGUGCGUGAGGCUCGGCUUCAGCUCCGGAGACGCGCCGCAUCCGGACCAGCGCAUCAGGAUGCCGGUGCGACGCGGACACGUGGCCCCCCAGAACACUUUCCUGGAUACCAUCAUCAGGAAAUUCGAAAGUCAGAGUCGAAAGUUUGUCAUAGCCAACGCACGGGUGGAGAACUGUGCCAUCAUCUUCUGUAACGAUGGCUUCUGUCACAUGUGUGGCUAUACGCGGGCCGAGAUCAUGCAGAAACCGUGCACCUGUGACUUCCUGUACGGGCCACACACCAAGCGUCUGGCCAUUGCACAGAUGGCUCAAGCGCUUCUGGGCUCGGAGGAAAGGAAAGUGGAGAUCACGCUCUACAGGAAGGAUGGUGCGUGUUUUCUGUGCCUGGUAGAUGUGGUGCCGGUCAAAAACGAGGAUGGUGUGGUGAUCAUGUUCAUCCUAAACUUUGAAGUCAUGACUGAAGACAAACUGCGCAGCCCCAACCAGGGGAUGAACCAUCGGCUGCCUCUCCCCUGGCGCUCCACAAAUCGAGCACGUCGUAUCCGUCUGCAUCUGCCUCUCCUGCAGUCGCACUGUAAUAGCAAGUCAUGUCUGCAUGAGGACCCUGAGGCAGGCCGUAGUGCUGACAUCUCUGCCCCUGCCAGCUCUAGGCGUGGCAGCAGUCACGAGUCUCUGGCACUGGGCGAGCUCGUCUCACUGCCGGAGAACGAGCAGGUCCGCCCCUCUGCCACCACACCGUCGGGCACGGCAUCCUCCUCCCUGUGGCCUGAGGACAGACGCACCCUCCUGGGAAGUGAGUCCACACCGCCUGCUUCGGCCCCAACACACUCCUCCACAUUGCCCCUAGGCCAGUCCUCGCCACGGGCACACAGGCUCAACCCAGACACCUCAGCCUCCAACUGCAGCCUGACACAUAGCCGCUCGCGCGAGAGCUUCCACAGCAUGCGCCGCGCAUCCUCUGUAGAUGACAUAGAGGCCAUGAAGCCUGAAUGGGAUCGCAGACACUCCAUACGACCAGCGAGCAGCAGUACAGGUGCAGUGAACAACAAGUCCAACAUGCUUAACUCUACCUCCGACUCAGACCUCAUGCGCUACCGCACCAUCAGUAAGAUCCCCCAGAUCACCCUCAACUUUGUGGACUUUAAACCCGAUCCCCUUAUUGCUCUCCCUCCCGGAGAAAUGGACAUCAUUGCUCCCUGCAAGCUCAUUGACCGCACACACAACGUCACAGAGAAGGUCACACAGGUGCUGUCCCUAGGCGCUGACGUCCUUCCUGAAUACAAGCUCCAGGCGCCACGCAUCCACAAGUGGACCGUGCUGCACUACAGCCCCUUCAAGGCUGUGUGGGACUGGCUGAUUCUGCUGCUGGUGAUCUACACAGCCAUCGUAACACCAUACAGCGCCGCCUUCCUGCUCGGCUCGGAGAAGGAGAAUGAUACCUGCACAUACUGCAAGCCGCUCAACAACGUGGACCUCGUCGUCGACAUCAUGUUCAUCAUCGACAUCCUCAUCAAUUUCCGCACCACUUAUGUCAACGCCAAUGACGAGGUGGUGAGCCACCCACUGCGCAUCGCUGUGCACUACUUCAAAGGCUGGUUCCUCAUUGACAUGGUGGCCGCCAUUCCCUUUGACUUGCUCAUCUACGACAAUGGCGAGGAAACAACCACUCUAAUAGGUCUCCUAAAGACGGCGCGGCUCUUGAGGCUUGUUCGAGUGGCCCGGAAGUUGGACCGCUACUCAGAAUACGGUGCAGCUGUGCUCUUCCUACUCAUGUGCACUUUUGCGCUCAUCGCUCAUUGGUUGGCCUGCAUCUGGUACGCCAUUGGAAGUGUAGAACGCAGCGGUGCCAUCGGCUGGCUCCACACGCUAGGGGAUCAGCUCGGGAAACCCUACAAUUACUCCGUUGUCAACUCAGGACCCAGCAUUAAGGACAAAUAUGUGACUGCCCUAUAUUUCACCUUCAGCAGCUUGACCAGUGUAGGAUUCGGCAAUGUUUCACCCAACACUAACUCAGAGAAGAUCUUCUCCAUCUGCGUCAUGCUAAUUGGAUCCCUCAUGUAUGCCAGUAUCUUUGGGAAUGUGUCAGCCAUCAUACAGCGGCUGUACUCAGGUACGGCACGCUACCACACUCAGAUGCUUCGGGUCAGAGAGUUUAUUCGCUUCCACCAAAUCCCCAACCCACUCAGACAGAGACUGGAGGAAUAUUUCCAACACGCCUGGUCCUACACCAACGGAAUUGACAUGAAUGCAGUACUGAAAGGCUUCCCUGAGUGUCUUCAGGCAGAUAUAUGUCUGCACCUGAACCGUACUCUUCUGCAAAACUGUAAAGCUUUCAAGGGAUCCACUAAAGGUUGCCUGCGAGCCCUGGCCAUGAAAUUCAAAACCACUCACGCCCCACCGGGUGAUACGCUGGUCCAUGCGGGUGAUGUGCUCUCAGCCCUUUACUUUAUUUCCAGAGGAUCCAUUGAAAUACUACGUGGAGAUGUGGUGGUGGCCAUCUUAGGAAAGAAUGAUAUAUUUGGUGAGCCCAUCAACUUGUAUGCUCGACCAGGCAAGUCCAACGCUGACGUCAGGGCUCUCACCUACUGUGACUUACACAAGAUCCACAGAGAGGAUGUUCUGGAGGUUCUGGACAUGUAUCCAGAGUUCUCAGAUCACUUCUGGAGCAACCUGGAAAUCACCUUCAACCUGAGAGAUACCAACAUGAUUCCUGGGUCUCCAAGCAGCGAAGACUCAGACUGUACAGGCUUUAACAAACUCCGCAAAAGAAAGCUUUCCUUCAGACGGCGAACAGAAAAAGAUGAUGCAGAUGCAGGAGAGAUCAAGAAGAACCAGAAGCCGGUGCGACGUAACAGGAAACAGGCCAGGAGUAAUCAGAACGAGGGACUAAAACCAGACUUCGAGGGGCCUCGGAGUUCAAUCUCUUCCCACUCCAGUGGCGAUGAAGGGGAGGAUCUUGUUCAUACCCGCUCCACUCUGCCAACAACAUUACUGGAGCUCUCUCAAGCCCAAGGCACUUCUAUAAACUUUAAUGACACCCCCGAGGGGGAAGCAGAUCCUAAAACAGGCGGCAACACCUGCAAUGCUCUGUCAGGUGCACUCUCAGGUGUGUCCAACAUCUUUAGUUUCUGGGGUGAGAGUCGGGGCCGUCAGUAUCAGGAGCUACCCCGCUGCAAUCUCCCAUCACCACCACCUCAGCACAACACCCCAUUACACAGCAUCUCAAGACAGCAACGGAGCCAACUGGAGAACAGGCUGGACAUGCUGCAGACGCAACUCAACAGGUUGGAGACCCGUAUGUCCACAGACAUCAGUGCAAUCAUGCAAUUGCUCCAGAGGCAGAUGACACUGGUGCCUCCAGCCUACAGCACAGUAUCCUCACCUCCGCAGGCAUCACUGUACCUCGGCUCAAGCCCGGGUCCUGAAGAGUCACUCAUCCAGACUGUCACAACUAUGGAGUCUGAGAGACUAUCCUCACUCUCACAGAUUCUGGACCCACAGGACUUUGAGGAAUUCCCUGCCAAGUCGUGCGAGUCUCUCCACUUCGUGACAGAGCCAUUACUUAGACCAGGAGCUGCCCCCCUGCAGGCUCUGUCCAGCCUGGACCAUAACGCUGAGCCUCCAGACCCCAACACCCAGCGACGUUUCUCCCUCCAGGAACCACAAACACCUCUGGACUCACGGACACCGCAAAGACACAGCUCCGAUCCCGGGAGCUAGGGAGGGAGGGAAAGAGGGAGGACGAGGAGACAAUGGGUAAAGAGAGCAAACACAGAUUGGACAAGGCUCCUCAUUUUCCUGCCUCUCUCACUACUUCUCAGUCGUUCAAUCUCUCUCUCUCUCUUCCUCACGAAUCUCAUGCGGCUGGAGGGGAGGUCUCUUCCCUUCAUUCCUGUUUUUGCACAGUUAGGGGUGAGAAUGGAGGGCUGAGAUGAGACACGUGCGUAUGCUGGAGCUGGAGGAGGACUGUCACUGUCCAAAUCUACAGGACUUAAAGACCAUAAUCCACUGAGUGCAACAUGAGGAUGGAGGCCCAUUUUAAAAUCUGUGCCCUAAUGUCCUCAAGACUGGUUGAAACAUUAGCAAGCUGACAUUAAAAUAAAAAUGAAGAGGAAGGAAGGGUGAGGAAGGGUGUUGAACAUUGUUCACCCUUUUGGGCUUUUGUUAUAAAAGCAGAAUCCACCCAAAGGAAGGCGUCCAUGUUCAAAUUGUCCCUUUACUACUGUUAUCCAGUAUUGGAUUAAUAUAUAUGAAUAAUAAUGAAAAUAAUAACCUAAGUAGCCAUCAUGUCUUGCACUGAAAUUUUGCAGAAUCUUUAUCUAUAUCAUGUCCGCAGCGCUUCCAAAGUUAAAAAACACAAAAAAGGAAAAAAAUAGUAAAAGACUUCCUAAACUUUUUAGUGUUAGCUGGCCUAACAGAAACACCUUGUGUGAUCUGUCUGUUCUGUCCUGUUGUUCUGCCUCUUUCUCCCUUCAUGUCUGUAGUUAAAGGCAUAUUGGAAAGCGAGCACAUACUGGAUCAGCUGGUUUGCAUUAAGGUGGAAUUGGAUGUGUCUAAAGCCAUGUCAUAACUGAACAUAUCAACUUUUUGUGCAUUGCAGGUUAUAGUGUGGCUUAAUUGAUAAAGUAAGCAUAAUACGUGUGUCUGUAUUAAACCCUGCAUGAUGUCAGGUGAUAUUCAAAUGUUUGUCCAAGUUUGCAUUGGUUAAAAGUUUCAACAAAAUUAGGUUUUAUACUUAUAUUUAUUAGGGACGUCCUGGUUUAUUAGCAAUACUUAACCCUAGAACCUACAACCUCACAUUAAUAUAAUUCUCUUUUGGGAUAAGACUGCAGAAAAAAAAAAAAAUCAGUUGCUUUACCCAAAUAUAUGUAUAUGUGUGUAUGUGUGUGAGAUAUGCAGUGAAGUUAAUAAUUAAUUGAAUUGCAUACAGUACAGCAAUUGACAUGCACUGUAUAGCACAUUAAAUAUAAGCUUAGCAGCUCCAUCAAGAUGAAGAUUGCUGCAUAAGAUUCUUCAGGUAGCAGAACAUUUUGCUCUGGGAACUAUUGUGCUGCAUGCUACUGGCAAGCAUACAUAUACAGUAACACUAUCUGACAAAAAAGGCACUAUGGUGAGUGUGUUAUUACUCUUACAGUUUGAACUGUAAAUUGGUUUUUAUAGAUACGAAAUAAUACCAUCAUUUUCCAAGAGAUAAUUUUAUGACAGAAAUGGAGGCGAAAUCAAAGUUGCUGAUUGUCACCAACUAUCUUCUACAGCGUUUUCUAAUAUCCUUAGGUUAUUAUAAUUACAUGGGAUGACAAAUGAGGAGAACAUGUUGGAGAUUGCAGACCACAUUCUCUUUCAUUCAGCACACAGCUGUUAAAAGAGCAGACAGUGAUACAAGUGCAGCAAGACUGAUUUCUACACAUUGGCUAUAAACAGUUGAAAGUCAUUAAUCUUGUAUUAGCAUGAAAUGUUUCUGAAUACUGCUCCCAGUGUAUUUAACUAUAGUUAACCUCCAUGUGAUUAGAGCAACCACUCCAGUGCAACUGGAUCUUCAUGUUUCCGAAUGCUGCACUUUAGAGAACAACCAAAGCAUCAACUGCAUCGGCACUGAUUUUUCUCUCUAGCAAUGUGGCUUGACUUUGUGUGAGAGUUUGUGUCAAAUUCUGAAUGUAUUUUACAGGGAGAGUGCUGUUAAAAACUCACAAACUUCAGAUAGCUUGCUUUCUUGGCAAGAAAUGGUUUUCUAGCCCUCAUCGGACUAUUCUCCGGGUAACGCAAGCUCUUUAACAAUGUUUAGAUAUACAGGCAAUGCAGCAUAUUCACCACUGGAACUCAAUAUUCAAAAUUUAUUCAUAAUGGGAAAACAUUUAUCACCAUAAUAUCCAUAACAUAACUUUCAUCUGUGUGUGGCACCAUCUUGUGUUCUAGUGUAAGCUUGUGGCCUCCUCUAUUAUGUAACCACAAUCCUUGUGUUUUGUUAUUUGUUUAGUGUACUGCUGUGCACUUUACAGAUCCCCCUACCUUGCAAGAUGUAAAUAAUUAGAGAUUUUUUUUCACAUAUCUACUUCUCCAACUACUGUUAGGUAUGUAUAUAUUUUUUAGUCUUGGUUUUAAUUUAUUUUGGUAAUGUAUUUACACUGGAUUGCUCUCUUUCUCCCUCUCAUGUACUGUACAUAGGAGAGUCUUGUAAAGGAAUUGAUUCUUGGCACUCAUAUAGCCGGCACUAUGCAGAAUCUGUCAUUUCCUUGGCAUGCUUUGAAAUGCAGAAAAAAAAAACUGUAGAUGAAAAUAUAUAUAUGUUUGAUUUUUUUUAACAUAAAUAACUAUGUUAAUAAUGUUAAUAUUAAUAAUAAUAAUAAUAAUUAAAAUGAAAAUGACACUGAUGGUGAUUAUAUAAUACAAGACAAUUUACCUUUGUGCACAUUUUAUUUGCAUGCUGCACUCAAAGGAUAGAGGCGCAAAGGCAGCUGACUCACUGUUGAAUUCUGAAUGUGUAGACAGAUGCACUGUACUUCCAGGUCACUUGCCAGAGUGAUUACAUUUACUUCCAGCUCAUGGAAGAAUGGACAUUGUGAAAUUGAAAACUACUGUAACAAUGUUAGUGGAGAGAUUUUGACAUUAUAAAUCACAGAAUUACAGCCAGAGAAUAUUAGGGGGCAUCCAUAUAGUCUCUUAGUCCAUAUCAGAUCACUCCAGAAAGCUAAGCUACAGGUCCUGAUUGUGUGAAGCAUAAAUGGUUGAAUUUAUAAAAAAUUUAACAUAUUUCUUUCAAUAAACCAAAUGAAAUUCAAAUGUCAGACUGUUUUUCUUACAUUAAAUAUGGAUAAUAGUCAUCUUCGCUACUUCAGUUCUUUUACUGAAAUAUUAUAAAAUGGUGCAUGUGUACGGUACUAAUGAAAUGCUGUGUUCAAGUGGUGUUGGAAAUUCUCCUACAUGGAAAUAACACUUGACCUCGUGUUUACAAGUGAACUAUAAGCAGCAGCAUUGCACUGAAGCUAGUCAUAGCUCAGUCUCAUCAAAUGUUUCCCAAUCAACUUUGCUACCACAAGUGGAUUCAACUGCUGCAAAGGAAGCUAAAAUUAGCAUCUCAGUCUCACUACCAUUUACAGCAGACCAAGAAGAUCAUACGCUUAUGCUUUAUGCUACCGCUAAUGCUGCACUUGGUCCCAGGCAGUGUUUGUGAGCGGACAUAGAUGACUGGUAAGAUAAAACAACAGAUCCAUUACUAUGGUGAAUUAUUAAAAGACAAUACUUAAGGACAACAUAAAUUUUAAAAGAUGGUUUGAUUUUUUUCCCCUAUCAAAAGGAAAUGUGUUUUAUUGACAUAUAAACUCUUUUCAACCAAGAAGCAUGGUUUUGUUGAAGGAUUCUGUGAUUUGAAGUACUGUUGACAAAGCUUUGGAGAAAGAAAAUGCAGUCAAGUUUUUUUAACAGGCUUUUUAAAACUAAAAUGGGCCUAAGAAGUCUCAACUUGCUGUCAUUGCUGGCAGUUGAUUCUGAGCUUAAAGAUCUGGCUUUUGACAGUUUAAGAGAUGAGUUUGGAAGGGAAAAAAGCAAGAACAAAGCCAGUCAUUUAUGGUAAGACCGCCUUCUCCAUAACAAUGAGGCUACUCAAAAACUCACAAUGAAUGUGUAAUGUAUGUGCUUUUCUAGGCUUUCAGAUCCAGGCUUUAAGACCACCAUGGUCAAUUUAAAGGAUAAGUGAAUUCUCCUCAAUUGUUCUAGACACAAACCACCCUUAAAAGGUAAGCAAGGGAUCGCAGCCCUUAUUCCAUCACUCUCUAGGAUCACAGACCCUUUUUCUAAACAAUGCCUCUCUCCACUUCACUCCAGCC